AUGGUUGUCAUCAGCAAGGUCGUCCCAGCACUCGCGGGCCUGGCAUCAAUUGCCUCUGCUGCCCCUACUGUCUCUGGCAAAUACUCUAUCAAGCAAGUUGCUCGUCCUGCUACCAAGACCACCAACUUUGCUGCUCAGUAUGCCAAGGCACUUUCUAAGUACGGUGCCACAGUACCUUCUCAUGUUCAGGCUGCUGCUGCUGUCGCUAGCGGUGUCGCUACGAACACUCCCACCACUGAUGACGAGGAGUAUCUGACUCCUGUUAACAUCGGAGGCACUACACUUCAGCUGGACUUCGAUACCGGUUCUUCUGAUCUUUGGGUCUUCUCUACGGAGCUUUCAAAAUCCGAUCAGUCAGGCCAUGCCGUCUACAAUCCUAGCAAGAGUGGGACUGAGCUGUCAGGCUACUCGUGGGAUAUUUCCUACGGUGACGGUAGCUCCGCCAGCGGCAAUGUCUACACAGACUCCGUCACUGUUGGUGGCAUCACUGUUACCAGUCAGGCUGUCGAAGCUGCGGAGACCAUUAGCUCCGAGUUUGUCCAGGAUAGCAGCGAUGGCCUUCUCGGUUUGGGCUUCAACUCUAUUAACACCGUCCAGCCCAAGGCCCAGGACACCUGGUUCUCCAAUGCCCAAUCCCAACUGGCUGAGCCUCUCUUUGGCGUUGCCCUGAAGCACGGCGAGCCUGGUGUUUUCGACUUCGGUUUCACCGAUUCGUCCAAGUACACCGGCUCCCUGACCUACACCGAUGUCUAUGACUCCGAGGGCUACUGGGGUUUUUCUGUGGAUGGCUGGAGUGUCGGCAGUACUACUGGUGAUGGUUUCUCUGGCAUCGCUGACACUGGCACCACCCUGUUGCUUCUUGAUGACUCCACUGUCAGCAGCUACUAUGACCAGGUCGAUGGUGCCUCUUAUAGUGACAGCCAGGGUGGUUACGUCUUUGAUUGCUCUGCCGAUUUGCCCGACUUUGAGGUUACCAUUGGUAGCUAUACCGCUUCUGUAUCUGGCAGCUUGAUCAACUACGCCGCUGUCAGUGGAAGUCAAUGUAUCGGUGGUAUUCAGUCUAAUAGUGGUAUUGGUUUCUCUAUCUUCGGUGAUAUCUUCCUGAAGAGCCAGUACGUUGUUUUUGAUGCCAGUGGUCCCAAGCUUGGCUUUGCUGCUCAGGCUUAA